UGGCUACACUUACCGUCAUAUGGUCGUCUGCACCGCGGUUGUUUGUUUACAAAGUUAGUUUCGGAAUUAUCCUCGCAGGAAGGAGAAUAUGAGCAGCGAGUCAACGGAACCCAUAGAAAAUGCUGCUGACAAUGAAAAGCGUCCACAGUUUGGCACACGUUUGCUCAAGGAUGACGCCGAUGUAUAUAAGCACAACGCCUGGGACCACGUGGAAUGGGAUACAGAGCAGGAGGAAGCUGCCCAAGCAGCUGUUGCAAAGAAUUCAACUAUUAAGAUGAGCGAUGAUCAGCGAGAACGUUUUCAAUCGGAUGCGCCGAAGUUUUGGGACUCGUUUUAUGGCAUACACGAUAAUCGCUUCUUCAAAGAUCGCCAUUGGCUCUUCACGGAAUUUCCCGAACUGGCGCCCAUUUCGAACAACGAGCGCUCAGAACCACGCAGCAUCUUUGAAUUGGGUUGUGGCGUGGGCAAUACCAUUUUGCCCAUACUCCAAUACAGUACCGAAACCCAGUUGAGGGUAUAUGGAUGUGACUUUUCGGCACGCGCCAUCGAGAUACUCCGUAGUCAACCGCAAUUCGAUGACAAGCGAUGCGAGGUUUUUGUCAUGGAUGCCACGCAGGAAGAAUGGAAUGUUCCAUUCGAGGAAAAUUCACAGGACAUUAUUGUCAUGAUCUUUGUACUCUCCGCCAUAGAGCCAUCGAAAAUGCAGGGUGUGUUAGAUAAUUGCUAUCGCUACCUUAAGCCAGGCGGUCUGUUAAUGUUUCGGGACUACGGACGCUACGAUUUGGCGCAAUUGCGCUUCAAGAGCGGCAAAUGCCUGGAGGAUAAUUUCUAUGUGCGUGGCGAUGGCACUAUGGUCUAUUUUUUUACGGAACAGGAACUGCGCAGCAUGCAAACCAAGGCUGGACUAGUGGAGGAGCAGCUUAUAGUGGACAGACGGUUACAGGUCAACCGAGGACGUUGUCUGAAGAUGUAUCGUGUUUGGAUACAGACGAAGUUCCGGAAGCCUCUCUUAAAGUCGUAGAAAUCAAUGCCACUCGUUAGUUGAUAUAGUUAGGACUAUAAGAAAAAGUUACUCGUUAGUUCUGAUUCAUUGAGCUUUUGUACUCGUCCUUAAAUGUUGUGCGAGCUUUUUCCCAAAUACACAUAACAGUUAGAAAA